AUGGCGAAUGCGCCAGACCGCUUCAACCUGUUCCUCCUACAGCCGGGGGAGCAGCGCAUCGAGAUCCAGGAGGACAUGCGGCUGCCGAACGCUGCCACGUUCGUGUUCAACAAGGAGGACCACACGCUCGGCAACAUGCUCCGCCACGCCGUGCUCGCGCAGCCGGGCGUCCUCUUCUGUGGGUACAAGGUGCCGCAUCCGCUGGAGCCGCGCGUGCUCGUCAAGAUCCAGACGGACGGGUCGCAGACGCCUGCGGAAGUGCUGCAGCAGGCGUGCACGAAGCUCAUCGUCCAGAUGGGCUCGCUCAAGCAGACCUGGGCCAAGGAGGUGCGCCUCGGCGCGGACGGCGCCGCGCCGUAUGCGCCGGCCAUGUGGUCCGCCUAUGGUGCGGGUGCGCCGGCCCCCGGUGCCGAGGCCCCGCUCGAUGCGUAUGCAGCCGACACAGACGGCGCCGCGGGCGGCGCGAUGGGCGGCUAUGUAGAUAUGUAA